AUGGGCAUGCCUGCCAACUUCCUGAGGCCAUACUCAAACAUGGUCCUUGGAUUAAGCGGAGCCGUGACUACGGCUAAAGGAUCGAUCAAACUUAAAGUCGAGUAUGGAUCAACGUCCUAUCAAGUUAAGAUGAACUCCGAAUUCAUCGUGAUCGACACUCUUUCGCCUUAUGGCGCUGUCAUGGGACAACCCCUGAUAUUCAGCUUGAAAGCAGCAAUGUCCCUAUACUACUAUUCAAUUAAAUUCUCCACACCCCAUGGUGUAGGUGAAGUUAAAGGAAAUAGAAAAUUCGUCGAAAAGUGUCAACUAAAAGCCUACGUGGGUGAUCAAUGCACCCUCCCAAGAGUGUAUAUGGCUCAUGUAGGAGAGCCCGAGCUCGGUUCACUAGACCCACAGAUCAAAAUCAAAGGAGAAAAACUCGUGGAAGAGCUGGAGAAAGUUCAAACAGAGCCUCGAUGUCUUCGCCUGGAACCAUGGAGACAUGGGGGGAUAGAGCCCAACAUUAUAUGCCACAAAUUUCAAGUGGAUCUCUCAGUUCGAUCGAAGCAACAAAAACGACGACCUCUAAAUCUCGAAAGAUAUGAAUCACUCAACAAGAAGGUGCAGAAACUAUUGCACAACGGUUUCCUUCGAGAGACAAAAUAUCCCAAAUACCUUCCCCUACCAAGAAUAAAUCAAAUGGUGGAUGCCAUAGCAGGGCAUGAAUUACUCAGCUUCAUGGACGCGUACUCUAGAUACAAUCAGAUAUCGAUGUAUGGACCAGAUCAGGAACAUACAUCAUUUGUCAUUGAUCAAGGUCUGUACUGCUAUAGGGUAAUGUCAUUUGGUCUCAAAAAUACUGGGGUCACCUAUCAACGACUUGUGAAUUGCAUGUUCUCCCAACAUAUCGAAAAAAAUAAUGGAAUAUAUGUUGAUGACAUGUUAGUCAAAAGCACCAAAGCCAAAGAUCAUUGUCAACACCUGACCGAGAUGUUCGAUAUUUUGAGAAAGUACAGAAAGAAGCUGAACCCUAAGAAAUGUGCCUUUGGGGUCAGCUGUGGAAAAUUCCUAGGAUACAUUGUAAAUAAUCGAGGAAUCGAAGCAAAUUUUGAAAAAAUACGAGUUGUUAUCCAAAUGAAGGCCCCAACCAAACCCAGAGGGGUGCAAAGUUUGAUAGGAAUGAUUGCUGCCCUCAACCGGUUCGUCUCUAAAUCUACGGACCGAUGCAAACCCUUCUUCGACAUACUAACAUGCCAGCAGUGCCGUCCUAACUCGGGAAGAGAACGACGUCCAACACCCAGUCUAUUACGUGAGCAAGGCGCUCCACAAAGUCGGGCUACGAUACUCGACCUUAGAAAAACUAUCGUUCGCCUUAGAACACCCCAUCGAAGUCCUCACCAGCUUUCUAUUAAGACAAACAUUGCAAAGACCCGACACUUCAGGUCGGAUGGCCAAGCGCUCGUCGACUUCGUCUCCGAGUUCUGCAACGUACCUAUCGAUGAACCAUCAAAAGAGACUCCUUGGGAACUUUAUGUUGAUGGUUCAUCUACCGGAGAACAAUCUGGGGCUAGCGUUGUAUUAAUUAGCCCAGAACAACGCAUAUUUGGUAAAGCCCUGCCUUUUGACUUCAAAACUUCAAAUAAUGUGGCCGAGUAUGAAACUCUCAUUGUCGGAAUAAUGAUGGUCUUAAGGUUAGGAAUUCCCAACCUUAUCAUACACAGAGACUCCCAACUAGUCGUAAAUCAAAUCAACGGCGUAUAUCAGAAUAGCCACGCUGAUGCUCUGGCUCACCUAGCCACCAGUGAGAGGAUUGAAGAAUUUGAUAGCAUCAUCGUGAGAAGAAUAUUACUAUCGGCCACUGAAUUAGCCGAAGUAGCCCUCAUGAUGAUAGAUCCCAAACCAAUUUGGUAG